AUGGUACUCCCAAAGAGGGCCUUAGGGAACCCUGACAGCGAACUUCCGGAUGUGAUCCUUACCCGAGAGACAGACGCAGGGACUGAAGACCCAGGUCGGCCCCGGGAGAAACAUCCCAGAAGCCCUUCUGAGGGAGACCUCUCCAGAGACCCCCACCCCAGGAAGAGAUCACGGCAAACCCAGGUGCAGGAGCCCCUCAUGGAGCCCCCAGGCAAGCAGCCCCCACAAGAGCCCCCCGGGGACGAGUCCCCACCUGAGGACUCGGGCCUCCAGACAGCACCCAGCACGCACAUUCUCUAUGUGGGCCACCUGAACCCCCAGUUCUCGGUGCCUGUGCUCACCUGCCUGCUCCGGGACGCCCUGGAGCGGCUGGAGCUGCCGGUGGCCCGCGAGCACAUCGAGGUGGUGAGGCGCCCACGGAAGGCCUGUGCGCUGGUGCAGGUGGCCGCCCACGAGGCCACGCUGGCCUCCCUCCCCUGGCGCCUGCAGACAGCCCUGGAGGAGCACCAGAUCCCCGAGGAGCUGGCGGCCCGUGGCAAGGAGCUGGUGCUGGCCGAGGGCCCGGGGCCCUGGAGCCACAAGGCGGUAAGAACCCGUUCCCCAGGACAAAGCAAACUAAAUCACAAUGCUGAGAAACACAUGGAGGAGGAGGCGGCCAACCCCAACGCCAGUGGUGGAAGACAGCCAGAAUCUGAGCCCUGA